CCCAGGAUCCCUUUGUGUGGCAUUCCACAUCCACAGGGGCCUUGUGAGGAAGUCCAUGAACUCUCUCCUGAUGGGAGAACUCUCUCCGGAGCAGCCCAGCUUUGAGCCCACCAAGAACAAAUUGCUGACCAACGAGCUCCGUGAGCUGUGGGCCACCGUGGAGCAGAUGCGACUCGUGAAGGCCAACCACGUCUUCUUCCUGCUAGACCUGCUGCCUAUCCUGCUGCUGGAUGUGGCUGCUGGGCUCACCCUUUGGGUCUUUGGGGCAUCCUUCGUGCCAUUCGUCCUCUGUGCGGGGCUGCUCAGCGCAGUUCAGGCCCAGGCUGGCUGGCUGCCGCAUGACUUUGGGCACCUGUCCGUUUUCAGCACAUCGAGGUGGAACCACAUGCUCCAUCCCUGUGUGACUGGCCACAUGAAGGGGGCACCGGCCAGUGGGCGGAACCACAAGCACUUCCAACACCAUGCCAAGCCCAACUGCUUCUGCAAAAACCCAGACAUCAACAUGCAUCCCUUCUUCUUUGCCCUGGGGAAGCUCCUCUCUGUGGAGUUUGGAAAACAGAAGAAAGAGUACUUGCUGUGCAACCACCAGCACAAAUACUUCUUCCUGAUCCGGCCUCCAGUCUUACUGCCUCUCUACUUCCAGUGGUAUCUUUUCUAUUUUGUUAUCCAGCGGAAGAAGUGGAUGGACCUGGCCUGGAUGGUCACCUUCUCUGUCUGUGUCUUCCUCCCUUACGU